AUGACCUACUUCUGCUUCUGUGAGAUCCGCAUCCUGAAGUUUGUGAAACUCAAAAGAUAUAAUUGUAAUCAAGAAGCGCUGCCGGGAGCCCUGCCUCCUCCUCCUCCUCCGCCGCCGCCGCUGCCGCCGCCUCCCGGUUCCGCAGUCACUUCCUGCAGCUGUUUCCCGGUGGCUCGGCUCCGACGGACUUUUGACAAUCAGCCUCCAGCAGUGGAGCGGCCGGGCGGCGGCGGCGAGCGCAGAAAAGUGGUCUUGGAGCGGGCAGCGGCGCGCGGGGUGGCGGGGCGGCUGCGGCCUGCCGGUUCCGGUGAGUGUGGUCCUCGUCCGCUCGGCUGCGUCCGUGUGCGCGUGUCAGCCUCGCCCGCGGCGUCCGGCGGGCCACCGAUCCCGAUCCCGCAGCCAUUCGCACAGCCGCCUCGGCGACUCGGUGCUCCCCGCCUGCAUCCGCGCGGGACCCGAAUGCGUGUGAGCGUGCCCAGCCCGGGAAUGGCACACGCGGGGGCGAUGCUGCAGGGGCGCUGCUUGGAGUCCUAGAUGCGGAGCCUGGGUCGCCACGGCCUCCUCCCCUUCUAAGCUUUCUUCUGUGAUGUAAAACAGCCUGCCAGGGCUGUUUUUCUGCCUGCCACGUUUUGGUGACCUCUGAGUAAGGUUUUCUCUCGUCUUCUCUUCUCCGGAAUACCCAGGGGUAGCCUUCCCUACUUUACCCGGACGCCAGGAACCUGUUCCUGGAUUCUCUUCUUUGCCCCGGGUCUGUUUCUGCUAAGGGGAGGCUGUUAUUUGCUGUACAGCCGGUGAGGAGUAGGCCCCAGCCCAACCGUGGAAACGUGUGCCGUGGUCAUUCAUUUCCCUCAGACCGGUACAUGGUGGAGCUGUGAUUUUCUUUAGUGUCUCUGAGCUCCCUUCCAAAUUAGGACAUCAAGCGCUAUGCAUCCUUCGUGUCUGCCAUCGCACACGUCCAAUCGGAUGGAUUUUGAGAUCUGAGAAGUAUUUUUAUAUCAGCUUCUAAAUUAGUCUCUUAAAUUAAUGCAGCAGUUUGAACGGAUCCGAGCAUGUUUUUGAGUCUAUAUUUCAGUUUGUGUAUUCACUGUAGCUUUGGUUUUAUUUAUUUUUAGAGUUUUUUUUUUUUCCCCCAAAUGUAAUACCUGUUGUGAAUGUCACCUAUAGACUUUUGGGGAAGGCUUUUUUUUUUUUUUUUUAAGCCUUAUGUUGAUUAUUAAAUAUAACAGUAUUUUUGAGGUCUCUAUUCUUUCUUUGAACAUUAUGGACAUAAGAUGUAAUAAUAGGUAAACCUGCACUAUAAACACCCCCACCCCACCCUGGCCGGCCAGUGUUUUCUCUGGAGUAAGGCCUUUUUGUGCCUGUGCUGUGAGUAGAGCCUUGCUUCUGCAGGACCGCUGCAUGAUCCCCGGGGCACACAUGCUGGGGUUUCAUCAGGUGGGAGUAAGCAUGUGAGAAACAAGCCCAGGCAUGUCCUGGGAGCAGGCUGAUUUGGUUCUCUAUGUAUAUUGCUGAUUUUCUAUAUCCAGAUGUUUUGAUAUCUUCUCCUAUCCUUUCUCUAUGAUCUAACAGAGAAUCCGGAUGACAAGUUAGGGUCAGAAUGACAUGGUCCGUUAUAACUAAGUAGUUAAACUAUUUAAAAAGAUGGUUUCAUUACCACCCCCCCCCCUCCAAUAGCCAUAAUCAUCUUUGCUCUUUGAAUGUCUUAGUUGGGGGAAAUAAUAUUGUUUCAGAGAAACUUACUGUUCAAAUGUAUCAAAUCUGUAUCACCUUUCUUUGUGUUUCCAGAGAUAGGGAUAGUUGAUUAUUAUCCUUUUCUAGCUAUUAUGAUUAAUGAAAAAUGUUGCUAAAUAUUAAGACUACUCUUAAACGAAUAACUUCCCAGUCAGUGCUCCUCUCCACUGUGUGUCUACAAAUGUGUAUUUUCGUUUUUAAAGCGUCCUGGAGUCAUUUUAGUAAGUCUGUUAGUGUCCUAGCCUACACAUCUUCAUCACAGACAGGGAAGCUCACUCAGUAGCUGAAGACACCGAAUUCUGUUGACCAAAAAAA